UCUCGCAUUCCUCCGGGACCACCAGUUCACCUCUCUUCCUCUCCCUUCACCGGCGCAGUCGUCCGCAAAAGCCUUUCCGCAAGGUCUACACUCCAGUCUAGCACAAUGCACACCGUUUCCUCGACCUCGUCUCGUUCUCUUCGCCGCGCCGCCCAGGCCGCGAAGCCCGUGCUUGCCAGGGGAGCCCACAAGGAGAUUAAGUUCUCCAACGAUGGGCGUGCUGCUAUUCUGAAGGGCGUUGACGUCCUUGCCAACGCUGUCAGCGUCACCCUCGGCCCCAAGGGCCGUAACGUGAUUAUUGAGCAGUCGUUUGGCGGUCCGAAGAUCACCAAGGAUGGUGUCACUGUCGCCAAGUCCAUUACGCUGAAGGACAAGUUUGAGAACCUCGGUGCCCGCCUCGUUCAGGAUGUCGCGUCGAAGACUAACGAGAUUGCCGGUGACGGUACGACGACCGCGACGGUCCUCGCACGCGCCAUUUACUCCGAGGGUGUCAAGAACGUCGCUGCUGGCUGCAACCCCAUGGACUUGCGCCGUGGCUCGCAGGCCGCCGUCGACCGCGUUGUCGAGUUCCUCUCCUCGCAGGCCAAGACGGUCACCACCACCGCCGAGAUUGCGCAGGUCGCGACCAUCUCCGCGAACGGCGACACCCACGUCGGCAACCUCAUUGCCCAGGCCAUGGAGAAGGUCGGCAAGGAGGGUGUCAUCACCGUGAAGGAGGGCAAGACCAUUGAGGACGAGAUUGAGAUCACCGAGGGCAUGCGCUUCGACCGUGGCUUCAUCUCCCCCUACUUCAUCACCGACGUGAAGGCGCAGAAGGUCGAGUUCGAGAAGCCCCUCAUCCUCCUCUCCGAGAAGAAGAUCUCGCUCCUGCAGGACAUCCUCCCGUCGUUGGAGACCGCUGUCCAGGCCCGCCGUCCGCUCGUCAUCAUCGCGGAGGACGUUGACGGCGAGGCGCUCGCUGCGCUCAUCCUCAACAAGCUCCGCGGCCAGCUCCAGGUCGCCGCCGUCAAGGCCCCGGGCUUCGGUGACAACCGCAAGUCCAUCCUCGGCGAUAUUGCCAUCCUCACCGGCGGUACCGUCUUCACGGACGAGCUCGACAUCAAGCUCGAGAAGGCGACCGCGGACCUCCUCGGCUCGACCGGCUCCAUCACGAUCACCAAGGAGGACACCAUUGUGCUCAACGGCGAGGGCUCGAAGGACAACAUCCAGGCCCGUUGCGAGCAGAUCCGCGCGCUCAUUGACGACCCGACGACGAGUGACUACGACCGCACGAAGCUCCAGGAGCGCCUCGCGAAGCUCAGCGGUGGUGUCGCUGUCAUCAAGGUCGGCGGCUCAUCCGAGGUCGAGGUCGGCGAGAAGAAGGACCGCUACGACGACGCGCUCAACGCUACCCGCGCCGCUGUCGAGGAGGGCAUCCUCCCCGGCGGCGGUGUCGCGCUCCUGAAGGCGUCCCUCAUGCUCGCGACCAACUCCCAGGCCGCGUCUUCCACCUCCGCGCCCGUCUCGCCCGACGCGAAGCCGAUACCGACCGCCAACUUCGACCAGGAGCUCGGCGUCGCGAUCAUCCGCCGCGCGCUCACGAACCCCUCGCGCGCGAUCCUCUCCAACGCGGGCGAGGAGGCGAGCGUGAUCGUCGGCACGCUGCUCAAGCAGUACGGCGGCGCGGACAAGUUCGCGUGGGGCUACGACGCCGCGAAGGGCGAGUACGUGGACAUGAUCAAGGCGGGGAUCGUCGACCCGCUGAAGGUGGUGCGCACGGCGCUCGUGGAUGCGUCGGGCGUGGCGUCGCUGUUGACGACGAGCGAGUGCUCCGUGGUGGAUGCGCCGGAGGAGGACAAGCCGGCGGGUGGGAUGGGCGGCAUGGGGGGUAUGGGAGGCAUGGGUGGCAUGGGCGGCUUCUAAGCUAGCUGUGGCGCCUCUGAUUAACCUUUUCUCCCUCCCUCCCUCUCCCUCACUGCCUUCACCUACUGGGCUCCGCUAUCCGGUCCCUUUGCGCAUGAGCAUCGGACACGCCUCAUCGCUGACAUGUACACCAUGUCUUUCCUCAUCGCUGAUCGUUGGUCUCUUCAGGGUUUAUGAUUAUUGACGCACUCACCAAGUCGCAUCCGUCGCGCUAACCGCAUGUCGCACUCACCGCGCUGCCGCGCUCCUCACCACCAAGUACAAUACUCGUAUGUUCAUAGCUUUGACACUGCUAUUCUAGUCUACGUACCAUAGUCUGUCACGAAUGCAAGCCGCUACUCCGUAACCCUAGGAAAUGCCUCCUUGUGUGACAUCGCGAGCCUGGAUUUGAAAGCUUCCG